GGAAAAUCCGCCCCCACUCCCCCCCACCCACCCACGCGCCAUGGCCUGGCGCACAGGACCGUCGUGGGCCCACCGCGUCACCCUGGCUUGGCUGUUUUCCCGAACGGGCAAAUCCCCCCCAAGCGCCGACUACCCUCUGCCCGUGUGCACCUCUGAGCUGUGCUGGCGAUGGCCUUCGUCGACGUCGCACUUAGUCCAUCGGCUUCGCCUCACAUGCAAGAUGACCGCCUGCUACCGCCUGGAAUGGCGAGGAAGCUGAAAGCCGUUGCAGUUCCUGACGUGCCAUCGCGGCGUGUCAUCAUGAUGAGGAGGAUGACAGCCAUUCUCUUGCUCCUUGCGCACGUGUCGCUUGCGAGGCGCGCCAUUCUUGGCCUGCCACCAUUGCCACGUUCUCGACGGCGGCGGUUCUGGGUGAGGCAAAGAGCCGGCGGUACGUGGGAAGAGCUAAAAAUGGUGGGUCCUGAGCACAACAAAAAGUUCAGAGAGUACACACGCUUGAGUAGGCCAGUCUUCCAACGAAUUCUCCAUCAAAUCUCUCCUCGAAUCCAAAGGUUAAACACUCCGUGGAGGCAAGCACUGCCGGUGUCUAUGAAGUUCGCUUUCGCCCUUUACCGUUGGGCAACAGGCGGGUAUUACAGCCAAUGCGGCAACGACUUCGGGAUGGGAUUGCAUAGUGCUGUCCGGUGUACGGAGGACGUAUCGACGACCUUGCUUGCGGAGUACGGCUUUGGGCGGUUGAAGGGAACGUGGAGGUGCUUUGGUCGCAAACACAUUGCAAACAUGCGAAAUGUUUGCAAACAAUUUCUUGCGUGCUGCAUUCUCCACAACAUCAUCAUCGACGAGGGGAUUCCCGUGGACGAGGAGCUACUACGGAGACAAGCAGAUGAAAAGGAAGAAAGCAAUGGCGACGACGACGCACCGGAAUCCGACGACAGCAGUGGUGACGACGACCCACCGGAUGCGGAAUUCGACUUCGAGGAGGCGUUGUUACGCUGUGAGGGUUCUGUCAUCUAUGCGAGCCAUCGUGAACGCCAGCGCGUAGCAGAGUGUUUGAGGCAGGCUAUACAUGCACAUUCGGACCACGUAGCCAAAGUUUUUAGAUAGGGUGCUCGACAGUUGACGUGUGGCGCAGUUUUUGUCGUUCUGUAACCGGUCAUGAGAGAGAGAGAGAGAGAGAGAGAGAGAGAGGGAGAGAGAGAGAGAGAGAGAGAGAUCAUUGGAUGCCAUUUCGCAAUUCAUUGAACGGUGCUUUCGUCGUUGUUUCGACGUCCUUUGAACUUAAGGCAUGUGUCCGCCAUGCGGGUUGGUCAUGGUGAUCACCCCUGUCAGGCAUACAACAACAAUGUCAAAAUGUGCAAGAACCGACAAUCAUAAACAUGGAAUGUCACAUGUUUUAGACAUCCUUACAAAUGUGUCAAUUGCUGGGAAAACAUACGCUUUUAAUUAUUUUUUAUUCGGAAUCGGCUGGAAAAACAAAUGUGUUAAUUGCUG